AUGAGUCAAGACUAUCCAUCAUCCGAAGCUAUGCUUCGUGAGUCCGGAGAAUCUAUUUUGGAAUCUGGAAUGUUUUCAGACGUGACGGUCAAGUGCCAAGACCAGGUCUGGAAGCUCCAUAAAUCCAUUAUUUGUCCAAGGUGCCCUUACUUUAACAAAGCAUUUAAUGGGCAGUUCCAGGAGGCCACCACGGGAGAACUCAUAGUAAAAGAUCAAAAGGCUAUCGAGGUAGACCUGGUCAUUCGUUACUUGUACACUGGAAAAAUUUCGGAAUUUAUGGUUGAAAUACUUCCUUCGGAACUUUUCAAAGCGGCAAAUUUUUUUCAGGUCAACAGCUUGAUGAAAGAGAUCGCAUCCAUAAUAGGCACUAAACUAAACGAAAUGGCAGCUCGUUUACGCGACAUGCCUCAGGCAAAUACAGACUUGGGAGAAGUGUUUACCAGCCAAGAGGUUGAGUACCUAUUCGAGGUGAUUGAAAUUUCAUAUGGGACAACCUCGGCUUCGUACAAAGUUCUCCGAGAUGUAGUCAAAGACUUUAUAUUUAAGAGUGUAUUCCAAAUCACGAAAACCGACCGAUUCCUAGCAAUCUUAGGCGGAAUUCCAGAGUUGGCAGUGGAUAUCGUAAAGCUCCUUAAGCACUCAACAAUCGUCAAUGACAAGCCGCGUGGAGGAGGUGAUGAUAAACACUCACGGCAACCUCUCAUACACAGCAACAGUAAAGCAUAAAUUUCGGUGGUUUUCAAAGCAUCAAUGACCGCUAGCGGUUGGUGCAAAAUGCAGAUACCUAACACUUCACCUUGUCCUCUGUACACUAAGCUUCCAGAGGCAGUAACCUGCAAGAAUCAUAUAAGCUGGUAACACGCAUAACGAUGUUACUGAAGUAUUUUCCACGUGUAACCUGCCAAAAUAUAAGUUUGCUCCUCAAAUGUUACACGUUCCGCAUAAUACCAAUCCGCGAUAAAUAUUUGACUGAUAUGGGCCUCCAUCCCAUAGACUUUUGCGAUAAAAACAUAAUAAUUCCAUUUCUUCGUCGCCAAUUUCCAACGCUGUACCCUAAUGUAUAUACAAAAUGAGACUCCCUGGAAGUCAAAUUGCAAAAGUCAUCCUCUGACUAAUACUCAUUAGACAACCACGGAUAGCUCGUCAGGGGGGACAACGGUUACAUAAACCCAUUCGU